AUGCUUGCUUAUCAUGGCACUUGGGCGUUCCAACGUCUCAUUUAUGCCGGCGAAUACCUCGAUGGCGACGACCUUCCACCAGGAAUGCUCAAAGAACACGAGAAGGAGGAACUCGCUGGGAAUUUUCAUCACCCCUACUAUGGGGACUACCCUGUAUCGCGCGUGUACGAUGUGGCGACAAGACUCACCAAGUAUGUGGAUUUCAACGAAUCGCUUUGGCCGGAUCAGUUUGGAAGCCUGAGGUUGCGCAACUUCCUCCGUGGCUGGUACGACGACGACCCGUCGGAGCCCCUCUCCGCCGGCGAACUUCGUGAACUGGACAAGAUGAUUGCACCCGACUAUUCCUGGGAUGGGAAGCCGGAGACGGAGUGGGUCUUGUGCAACUGGAAACAGCUUCUCUACGACGGACCCGUCAACCGUGGCCGCUGGGCGGACACGCUUCGCUAUCACGACCAUGGAUCGAUUGAAGGAACACCCUGUUUCGAGGGCAAGGAUCUGGUUGACGUCUCGCAGACUGUCGUGGGCGACGUGCUGAACAUCUGGAGAGCCGAGCGUCCUGAAGAGUUGGCUCCGAAGUUCAGGCCUAGGAAGCAGCGGAAUUCAUCACCGCCCGCAUGGUAG